AUGAAUUCUGAGAUUCAAGUAUGUCCAAAAUGCAAAAAUAAGCAUGCUGGAGAAUGCCUAGCAAGAAGAGGCGUAUGCUUUAAGUCUGGAAAGCCUGGACAUAUGUUGAGGCAGUGUCCGCAGAAUCAAGGUCAGAACUCAUCAAUUCAACCUGCAACAAGAGGAAGAGUUUUCACUCUUAGUGGUCAGGAAGCGGCCCAAGCUUCAAAUUUGGUUCAAGGUACUGGUCUAAUACAAGAUUCUCUUAUAAUUGUACUGUUUGAUUCUGGGGCUACUCAUUCUUUCAUAUCUUUAUCUUCUACUCAAAAGUUAAAGUUACCAAUAUCCAUUCUAUCUUCUUAUCUUGAAAUCUUUCUUCCUACUGGAGAGAAAAUUACCACAUUUCAAGUCUGUAAAAAUUGGCAUCUUCAAGUCGAAGGGAAAGAGUUUAAAAUAGAUUUAGUUUGUUUGCCUAUGAUUGACAUUGAUGUAGUCCUUGGUAUGAAUUGGUUAUCUGCAAACUGUGUGGUCAUUGAUUGUCAUAAUAAAAAGGUAAUUUACACAAAAGAGUUAGAAUUUCCAAAUGAAUCUUUAUUCUUGUCAACUUUCGAACUUAGAAAAAAUUUGUUAGAUGGAGCACAAGGAUACGUUUUCUUUAAUCUUUCAGAAGCAAAGGCUAAACCUGAUGCAACUAGUAUCCCUAUUGUCUCUGAAUACUCAGAGGUUUUUUCGGAUGAAAUUCCAGGUUUACCCCCAAACAGAGAAAUUGAAUUUUCCAUUGACCUAAUACCUGGAGUAGGGCCAAUUUCUAUUGCACCCUACAGGAUGUCACCUGUAGAGCUUGUUGAACUAAAGAAACAAUUAGAGGAACUUCUAUCAAAGUAG